UCUGUGGGUCCCGGUUGGAGUGUGUGAGUGUUGACCAGUUUCCAAAAGCAGCCGCGGCAAAGCGAAGACACACCUCGAACCACACCAGUGACCGUGUCAUGCGCUCAUUUUUAGAUUUGAACACUUUGGCAUCGUGUAAGUGACACAAACUCGAAGAAAAAGAAGCGAUUUGGUGGCUUGACUUGGAGAUUCGCGUGACCUUGGUCUGUCGCUGUCACCAGGGAGGAGUGUCAUGGCCGAGCCAGACUAUCUAGGAGAAGACUGUGAUGAGCUUAUCAAACCGAAGAAGUUGAUCAACCCGGUCAAGAACUCUCGGAACCACCAGGACCUGCACCGGGAACUGCUCAUGAACCAGAAGAGGGGCCUGGCUCCUCAGAACAAACCCGAACUACAGAAGGUUCUGGAGAAAAGGAAGCGGGAGCAAGUCCUUAAGGCUCAGAAGGAGGAGCAAGAGGCACAUAAGAAAAGGAGCGACUUGGAGAUAGAGCUCAUGAAAAGACAACAGAAACUGGAGCAGCUGGAACUGGAACAACAGAAAAACGAGGAGGAACAAGAGAACACUCCUGAGUUUGUGAAAAUGAAGAGCAACCUUCGCAGGACCAAGCAGGAGACAGAUGGCGAAGAAAGAACCACCUAAAAUUCAACAAGCAGUCACUGGCACUAACACGUCACGAGUGUGUGUGUGUGUGUGUGCGUGUGUGCAAGCGAGAGUACGUGUGUUGACCUGACCGUGAUCUGAGGUGAACUGCUUGCCUUUUUCCCAAACUAGCUGUUCCUUCUCAGUGAGGCAAGAGACUUGCUGGCUAAAGACCCCUAUGUUUGCCCACCACGGAGCACCUGCACUAGUCGCAGCAGCACACAGCACCCCCUGCUGGAGAGACUCACAUGUUACAUCCCUAUUCAGGCCAGCUGAAGACCUCCAAUGGAGAACCACACACACAUUUUCCGUCUGUUUCACGCCUUUCUCCACACCAAGCUGUCAUUUCUCUCUAUUGUUAUUGUGUCAGUAUUGUUAUUGUUUCGGUUUUGUUUAACCUACUAAUCAUAGAAGGAAAAGUGGACACUGGAUGGACUCUCAAAAGCUGUGUAAUUUGUAAAAAGCCAAACAAAAUGUGUUUUUUGUUAUUUAUGUUUUAGCUUUUAGCCCAUUUAUAGAGGAGUUGCAAAGGGGACACUUUUAGUUAUGUAUUUUUGUUUUAUGGCAUCGGUGUUGAAGCCAGAACAGGACAAAGGGAGUGUAAGUUUUUGUUUUUUUUAAUUUCUAAACAUGCCACUUUCUCAGCUAAUGCAAUUUGGAGCAAUAUAACUCCCCAGGCAUGAGAAUGAUUUUUCUUUUCUUUAUACAUCCUGUUUUGUAUGAAUAAAAGUGUUAAAUAAA